AUGGCAGCACCGGCUGUCCAAAUGAGCCCAUUCUCUCACCCAAAAACCAACACCAACACCCCAGUCUCUCUCAUACCCAAGUGCACGUCUUUGAGAGAGCUCAAGCAAAUCCAAGCCUUUUCCAUCAAAACCCAUCUCCAAUAUGACAUUUCUGUCCUCACCAAGCUCAUCAACUUCUGCACUCUUAACCCAACUGGUACCUCCAUGGACUACGCCCACCUCCUGUUCGACCAAAUUCCCCACCCUGACAUUGUUGUCUUCAACACCAUGGCCCGCGGCUACGCACGCUCCCAUACCCCAUUUCGAGCGAUUUCACUAUUUGCUCACAUUCUGAGCUCAGAUCUCUUCCCAGAUGACUACACAUUCCCCUCUCUUCUCAAGGCGUGCGCCAGCUCUAAAGCCUUAGAAGAAGGGAGGCAAUUGCAUUGCUUUGCUAUCAAAUGUGGGCUUCACCUUAACAUUUAUGUGUGCCCUACACUUAUUAACAUGUACACUGAGUGCAAUGACGUGGAUGCGGCUCGCCGGGUCUUUGAUAAGAUACCAGACCCUUGUGUUGUUGUACACAAUGCUAUGAUCAAGGGCUAUGCUCGAAGUAGUCGGCCAAAUGAGGCUUUGGCAUUGUUUCGAGAGUUGCAAGCAAGCAAUCUUAAGCCAACCGAUGUUACUAUGCUUAGUGCUCUUUCUUCAUGUGCUUUGUUAGGAGCAUUAGACUUGGGGAAGUGGAUACACGAAUACCCUGGAGGAUGCGGUUUCUGUAUUUGA